AUGCUAAAGUUUGGAACAUGCACUUUUGAGGAUGAGUUCUGUGAAUGGGUCAAUGUCGAGGGUGAUGAUGGUGAUUGGCUCGUGUUCCAAGGACCGGCUGAUGUAGGAGGAAUAACAGGACCAAAUGUGGACCAUACACUAGGAACAGAUCAAGGUCACUAUCUCUUGGUGGACUCGGACCAGUUAUAUUUCCCUGGUUAUAGCGCCCUCCUCCACCUCGGCGAGCCUCACCUUCGAGGGAUGCAGUGCUUGAGGUUCUGGUAUAUGAUGAAUGGUCGUAAUGUUGGUGAGUUGAUGGUAUAUGCUACCGAUGGUUCACCUCUCUCAGCUAGUCAUGUUGUAUGGAUGUUAUCAGGCAAGCAGCAGGAUGAUGGGAAUACAUGGCUCAAUGCAGCAGUUUCCAUUGACUUUGAUGCAUACAGUGAUGUAUACAUCAAGGGUAUGAUCAUUGAAUCUCCUUACGGUGAUAUCGCUAUAGAUGAUCUAGCGUUAGAAGGAGGAUCAUGUGAUUUCUAUCCACCUGAAGCAUCACCUGACUACACAUUCAAACCCCUGUCAUGUGACUUUGAGGAUGACAUAUGUUCAUGGACUAAUGACCAAUCAGAUGACUUUGAUUGGAGGCGUGGUCGAUCAGGUGAUAGUGGUUGGGGAACAGGUCCUAGUCAAGAUCAUACCAGUGGAACAGGAUACUACUUGUAUACCCAGUCUGGGAAUCAUUACUAUGAAAGUGCAAGGUUGAUCUCCCCCGUACAAGAUGGAAGGACCGAGCCCGUCAUAUGCCUCCAGAUGUGGUAUAACAUGAAUGGGGAGAAUAUGGGCUCACUCAAAAUCAAAUGGAGGGGUGAGAAUGACGAUUCAGAUGGAGGGACACUGUGGAUGAGAGAAGGGAAUACAGGAGAUUUCUGGCAGAUUGCAAACGUUGACUUUUACCCACCUAAGGAUCUCUUUGAGUUCCAAAUAGAAGGGACGAUUGGUGAUAAUAUUUUCAGUGACAUGGCAAUAGAUGAUAUCUCAGCCUACCUUGGACCCUGCCCAGCAACAAGGGAAUGUAACUUCCGUUAUGAUAUGUGCGGUUGGAUGCAGGAGACUGUCCUAGAUGAUUUUGAUUGGUCAAGAGGUACAGGGUUUGACUAUCCUCAACCAGGAAUGAAUCUUCCUGAUCACAGCCUUGGAACACCUAAUGGUUACUUCAUCUAUGCAAACCACUCUGAGAUGGUUAGUGAAGAAGAUCGAGCAAUCCUGUACUCCAAAGAAAUCCCCGCAACGUCUGAGGGUGACUGUAUGACUUUCUGGUAUCAUCAUAAAGGAUUGAGCACUCUGAGGGUGUGGGAACGCGUUGGUAAUACUUUGAUAGGACCGUACUGGGAGACACAACCUGGUGGACUCUUCAAUGAUUGGAUGAUGGAUAGGGUCACACUGAAGGCUACUUCUUCUUUCAAGGUUGCUUUUGAGGCUGUGAUUGGACCCACUUUAGAUGGUGAAGAUGGAGAAAUAGCAAUUGAUGAUGUCAAUCUAGAAAUAGGGCCAUGCGUGGCAAGAGGUUUCUGUGACUUUGAAGAUGAUACGUGUCUAUGGGAUAAUGUGUACGGUGGUGAUGAUUUGAAUUGGUAUAGGAAUCAAGGAGGUACAGAUACCAGUAACACAGGACCAGAUGUGGACCAUACCACAGGAAGAUACCAAGGAUGGUACAUGUUAUUCCCUGUUGGUUUUGAGGCUGAGGGUCGUAAGGCAUGGUUCGUCAGUGAACCACAACCUCCUACCCAGGGUGGCUGCUUUCAAUUCUGGUAUCACAUGUAUGGUGAACAUAUAGGAGAGCUGAAUGUAUAUGCUGAAGAUCUGAUUAGUGAAAUCAGAGGACUGGAGUGGAACAUGACGGGUAACCAAGGCAACCAAUGGAUCAAAGGUCAAAUCAACCUCAACCAGGUCACCGGGUUCAGUAUUAUCUUUGAGGGCGUCGUCGGGACGGGUUCUACUGGUGAUAUUGCCAUUGAUGAUGUAUUCUUCAUGCCUGAUCAGACCUGUAAUGCAUCUACAGCACCUUGUACACCAUUCCUUUCAUCUUCCAUACAGCAUCUACAGCACCUUGUACACCAUUCCUUUCAUCUUCCAUACAGCAUCUACAGCACCUUGUACACCAUUCCUUUCAUCUUCCAUACAGCAUCUCCAGCACCUUACACUAGUCCUGUCAACUGUGAUUUUGAGGAAGAUUGGUGUGACUAUUCCCAAGAUGACAGUGAAGAUUUUGAUUGGAGUAGAAUGCAAGGGACAUCUCAACCUGAUGAUAAAUAUCCUAAGAUUGAUCAUACACUAGGAGAUGGUACAGGCUGGUACAUUUACAUUGAUACCUCUUCUCAGUCUACUGGUGACAUUGCCCGUAUUCUUACCCCACUCCAACCUGUUACAUCACAACAAUGCCUCAUUGUAUGGUACCAUAUGUUUGGCGCCUCACUAGAAACUCUGAAUAUCUAUUUAAGAAGGAAUGAUGCAAAUGAUAGCUAUGUUGGUGAUCUAGUAUGGACAACACAAGGUGACAGGGCAGAUCAAUGGAUUGAAGCACAGAUAAGUGUUGCUGAAGCUGUCCCAUACCAGGUUGUAUUUGAAGGUCGAGUUGGUAGUGCUUAUACUGGUGAUAUAUCUUUAGAUGACAUUUCAAUGAUUCACGGGUACUGUCCAGGAACACCAGGUUGUGAUUUUGAGGAUCCAUUCCUAUGUGGUUAUUCACAAGAUAGUAUUGAUGAUGACAUAGAUUGGAUGUACUGGCAAGGAUCAACACCUACACCUAAUACUGGACCAUCAUUUGAUGUAACUUAUGGGACACAAGCUGGUAAAUCAUUUAUAUUCUUCAAAUUGGCAACAACUGUUUUUCCAUUUUAA